UUCCUCUGCUUUUUUACCCUGUCAACCUCAAUAAGCAGCUUCAUGCACUUGCUAGCACGCUAGUUAAAAACACGGGAUGUGCCAUGUUUAUGUAACUGAACUGCCCUUGAACUUUGUGACUGAGCCAUGACGCGAAAAAAAGAGACACACAUUACUAAAUGAACGCUUCUGCUUGUGUUGCUGCCUGUUCCUACAGUCAUGGCAGGACUUUUCCAAAGAGCACUAAGGCUAAGGACAGCUCUGAGAUGUCUGUACGACUACAGCACACUCUCACGAUCUACAGCCACUCUUUCACCUGUUGACUUCCACAGACCUUUUCUGACCUGCAGCUCAGAGCAGGUUUUGGCCUCCACUCGUAAGCUACAUGCUGGGGCGGAAGGGUCUAAAGUAUCUCCUUCUGCAGCACCAGAGAGGUUGCCUUUCUGCAGAGUAACUGAGGAAGAUCUGGCCUUUUUCAGGAAGAUCCUACCAGGCAGAACCAUCGUUGACCCUGAUCUGGUGGAGCCUAGUAAUGUGGAUUGGCUAAAGUCUGUGAGAGGUUCUAGUGAAGUGUUGCUUAGACCUCAGACAACAGAGGAAGUAUCACAAAUUCUAAGGUGGAUGGUAACCAAAUCAACAGAAAGGUGUUUAUCUAGUCAUCAGACUUUUUCACAUGUUUUGUUUUCCUCCUAUAGCUACUGUAACAGUCGUAACCUGGCGGUGAACCCUCAAGGAGGAAACACUGGGCUGGUUGGUGGCAGCGUGCCAGUUUAUGAUGAGCUCAUUCUCUCCACCUCUCUAAUGAACAAAAUCCUUAACUUUGACAGUAUCUCUGGUGUUCUGACCUGUCAGGCAGGUUGUGUCUUGGAGAACUUGUCUUUCUACCUCGAGGAGAGAGACUAUAUAAUGCCACUGGACCUUGGGGCAAAAGGCAGUUGCCAAAUUGGGGGCAAUGUAGCAACCAAUGCAGGUGGUCUCCGGCUGCUGCGGUAUGGGUCCCUACACGGGACUGUGUUGGGUCUGGAAUUGGUAUUGGCAGACGGGCAGGUGUUGGACUGCUUAUCCACCCUGAGGAAAGAUAACACAGGAUAUGACCUCAAACAGCUCUUCAUAGGGUCAGAAGGCACUUUAGGAGUCAUUACUGCAGUGUCCAUCCUUUGUCCACGGAAACCCAAAUCUGUUAAUGUUGUUUUCCUGGGCUGUGAGACCUUUGAGCAGCUGCUGAAAACAUUUCAGCUCUGCAAAGGCAUGCUGGGAGAAAUUCUGUCCGCCUUCGAGUUCCUGGACAGUGAAUGUAUGAGGCUGCUGAAUACGCAUCUCAAACUACCCAAUCCUAUAUCUGACUGUCCAUUCUACAUCGUCAUUGAAACUUCGGGAUCUGACCCGACCCACGAUGCGCAGAAACUCCACAACUUUCUUGAGGAGGCAAUGACAUCAUCGCUGGUCAGUGAUGGAACGGUAGCAACUGAGGAAGCAAAAAUAAAGGCUCUGUGGUCACUGCGUGAACGUGUCACUGAGGCGCUGACUCACGAUGGCUUCACCCACAAGUAUGACAUCUCCCUUCCAGUGGAACGGAUCUACCAGCUGGUGACAGACAUGAGGAAGCAUCUGGGAAACCAGGCCAAAAGUGUGGUGGGAUACGGACACGUAGGUGAUGGUAACCUCCACCUGAACGUCACUUCUCCGUCUAAAGACCCUGCUCUCCUGGCUGCCAUUGAGCCAUUUGUUUAUGAAUGGACAGCCAGCUGUCGCGGGAGCAUUAGUGCAGAGCAUGGACUGGGCCUGAAAAAGAGGAACUACAUUUACUACAGUAAACAGAGCCAGGCUGUGGCACUGAUGGGUAACAUCAAGGCCAUGCUGGACCCCAAAGGCAUCCUCAACCCCUACAAGACUUUACCAGACAACCUGAAGCAGUGAUGUACGCAGAGGUCAUGCUCGAGUUAAACUUUAGUUACAACCUCACCGCUAUAUGGCAUGUGUGGCAGUUAGGAUGCUUUUCACACAUUUGGUGCAGAAAAGCAUCAAGAAACACUAUUUGUCACACAAGCCACAAAAUCCAGUCUUGCAAAAAAGAAAAGACAAAGUAGUUUCAUUUUCUACAAAGCAUUACUUUCAGACAGAUAUCUACUUUAGCAAGCUGCUGAAGUGAAGUUCCAGUUUAAAUAUUUUAACUACCCCUGUUACUUGCACUGAUAGAGUAGCCUUAGUCUGAUGCACUCCAUAUUCUAUAGAAUAUUCAGCAGGUUUUAGAAAAGGAAGAAAAAAAAUUCCACUUUCUCAGAGGAAACUAAUGAACAAUGACUGUCCUUCAUAUGGUGUUUGAGUGCCACUAGAGGGCAGGUGGGUAUAA